GCAAAUAUUUAUUAUUAUUUACAUAAAAUAAUAUUAUCUACAAUUCUAAAUAAAUUAUGCAGUAUGUGAGUUACGUAGGUGGUAAGAAGGAACUGUGUAGUAAAACUAAUGUCUAUAUAAUUAUAGCAGUAAUAAUGUGUUAAAAUAUGUUACACUGUCUUGUGCUGUAACUUACUCAUUUGACUGUUGCGAAAGGUAUGAUUGUGUGCUGUGGAAUAUUAAGUCUUACAUUUGUCAUUUAGUCGGCUAGACACCUGUGGAUAUUGUUCACACCAUGUUAGUUUUAGCCAUAACAGCAUUGUGCAGUUUGAUUGGCCAUAUACAAAGUGAAAACCAGUGUAAUGGUUUGUACAGUAAUUAUUUUGAUCAUUUGUCAUCAAAAACCCCAUACAGAUUUGUGGCCAACCAUAAUACAGAACCGUACAACUUUGAAGGUUGUAUAGCAUGGAAAAUUUGGCUAGUUCAAAGGCACGGUACAAGGACACCUGGUAAGGAAUUAGAUCAGUUUGUCAAAAACAGAUUACCUGAAAUUCAUAAAGACAUCGUAAACAAUUUGAUUGAGUGCAAACUAUGCAAUGAAGAUGAAAUAAAGUCAUGGACUUCCCAUAAAGAAAUAGAUGAUCAAAAGCGAUUAACCAAAGAAGGAGAGGAUGAACUUUUUGCAAUUGCCGAACGUAUGCAACUUAGAUUCCCCAAUUUAUUGAAUCAACCAUAUGAAAAUACUAACUUUUUAUUUAGAUUUACUGAUACUCAAAGGACUAAAGUAAGUGCUGAACAAUUUGCAACGGGGUUGUUUGGACGCAAUGAGGUUAAGAAAGUAUUAUUUGAAAAACCAUUAGCUAAAGAUCCAUUAUUAAGAUUUUAUAAAGUUUGCCAAAAAUGGAGAAAGAACGUUAAAAAAUCCUCUACAGCAUCAGUCGAAUACCAGCAGUUUAUAGAAAGUCAAUUAACUAACAACACUUUAAAAAGUUUAUCUUCGAGACUUGGACUUGAUUACACAUUAACAUUUAAUGAUGCCAAGAAUAUGUAUACAUACUGUGCUUUUGAAACAGCUUGGGAGAAAAAUAAAGUUUCACCAUGGUGUUCAAUUUUUAAUAAAUCUGAUUUAAUGGUUUUUGAAUAUAGUGAAGAUUUGAAGCACUAUUUGAUAGAUGGUUAUGCUUACGAGUUAUCAUACAAACAAGCAUGUGUCUUAUUAAAAGAUGCAAUUAAUUAUUUUGAUGAUCAACAUUUAACUAGCAAAAAUGGUAUUUUCUAUUUUACCCAUUCAGGAACAAUUUUAAAAAUGCUUGGUUUGUUAGGUCUUUAUAAAGAUGACCAUAAAUUAAAACAUGACAACUAUAUUGAAAUGGAGAAUCGGCAGUGGAGAACUUCAAAAAUUGAUCCUUUUGGUUCAAAUAUUGCAUUUGUUUUAUACAAGUGUAAUAAUAAUGAAACUAAGAUAUUAACAUUACACCAAGAAAGAGUUGUUCAUCUUAAUGGUUGCGAGGAUGGCCUUUGUUCUUAUGACAAAUUUAAACAACUAUUUUCAACCGAAAUUCAAAACUGUGAUUUUGAUGAAAUGUGUAAUAUUGACUAAAUUGUUUAAUAUUUAAGCUUACAGAAACUUAUUUUAUUUAUUUUAUGUAAAUGGCAAUUAUUAUUUUUUAGUUAUAAGUCAUUUUAAAUUAAUUAACUAUAUCGCAACAAAAUGAUAUUACCAAUUAUUUUGUAAGGAUACAAAGUUUUCAAAACGAAUUUACAAUUUUAUUUUUUGUAUCUCCGUGUGAAUUAUUAUUGUAUUAUAUUUUAACUACUGUUGAAAUGUACUGAAAAUAAAUCAUAAUUAUUUUAAA